AUGAGUAAGCCAAGUAGUAAUAACAAAUCUAAGAUCAAUUCUGCUUCAGCAAAACCAAUUCCAAAGAAUGCUAAAACUUCAAACGGUAAUGGUACAAAGAACUCAGAAAAGAUUGCAACUCCUCAAUUGGAACAAGUUGAGUCAUCUUUAAGUUCACCAAGUGCUCCAAGUUCACCAGUUGAAGAGCCAAAUUUAAGUCAUAGAGUUUCAAUUAAAAGAAGUUCAAAUGCCUCCAGUUUAAUUGAUAUUGCGGAAGGUAAGAAUGAAAAUUCAUCUGAAAAGAAAAACUCAACUCCAUCCAAAGUACCAACUGAUGUAGCAUCAGGUCGAGCAAAUUCAGUCAAAUCUGUACAUUCUAAUGGCGAUACUGCAUCAACUGAAACUUUAGUCAAUAAAACUUCAGAUGAAAACAGUAAAUCAAAACCAACUUCGCAACCAAAACCUUCAAAUACUAAUACCGACUAUAAAUACACCGAAUUAAAAGAUAUACCAAUUGGUGUAGAUAAGAUUAGAGAAGGUUUUCAUCUGGGUAAAACUCAUUCAAUACAAUUUAGAUUAAAUCAAAUUAGAAAUUUAUAUUUUGCAAUAAAAGAUAAUCAAUUAAAAAUUAUACAAGCUUUAUCUCAAGAUUUUAAUAGAGUUUCAAGUGAAACUAAGAAUUAUGAAAUUUCAACUGGAUUGAAUGAAAUGUUAUUUACUAUGUCUCAAUUACAUAAAUGGUCAAAACCUGAACCUGUUAGUGAUUUACCUUUAAAUUUAUUAACUAAUCCAGUAUAUAUUGAAAGAAUCCCAUUGGGAGUUGUAUUAGUUAUAGCUGCUUUUAAUUAUCCAUUUUUUGUUUCAAUUUCACCAAUUGUUGGAGCCUUAGCAGCUGGAAAUACAGUUGUUUUCAAACCAAGUGAAUUAACUCCAAGGUUUUCAAAAUUAUUUGUUGAUAUCUUGACAAAGGCAUUGGAUCCCGAUAUUUUCUUUGCUGUCAAUGGGGCUGUUCCAGAAACUACUGAAUUAUUGAAUCAAAAAGUAGAUAAAAUAAUUUAUACAGGAUCAGGUUUAGUUGGUAAAAUUAUUGCUAAAAAGGCUGCUGAAACUUUAACUCCAGUAAUCUUAGAAUUAGGUGGUAAAUCACCAGCUUUUGUAUUGGAUGAUGUAACAGAUAAAGAUUUAACCGUCAUUGCAAGAAGAAUAGCAUGGGGUAGAUUUGCAAACGCUGGUCAAACAUGUAUUGGAGUAGAUUAUGUAUAUGUUGCUGAAUCAAAACAUGAGAAAUUUGUAACUGAAUUGAGGAAAGUCAUAACAGAAGAAUUUUAUCCAAAUGUUAAUAAGAAUGAUAAAAAUUUCACUCAUUUGAUUCAUGAUCGUGCUUUUGAGAAAAUGUCAAAAAUUAUCUCGAAUACAAAAGGUAAUAUCAUAGUUGGAGGAGAAUCUGAUGCAGAAACAAGAUAUUUUGCACCAACUGUUGUUGAUAAUGUUACAUGGGAAGAUUCAACUAUGCAAGAUGAAAUUUUCGGACCUAUAUUACCAAUAUUAACUUACAAAAAUUUGAACGAAGCAUGCCACAAAAUCAUUCAAAAUUUUGAUACACCUUUAGCACUUUACAUAUUCACAAGUAAAUCGACAUCUCCAUCAACUAACCCUCAAAUAAAAACUAUAACAACAUCAAUUAGAUCAGGUGGAUUAAUAAUUAAUGAUGUAUUAAUGCAUAUUGCAUUACAUAAUGCACCAUUUGGAGGUGUUGGAACAUCAGGUUAUGGAUCAUAUCAUGGUAAAUAUUCUUAUAGAGCAUUUACUCAUGAAAGAACGGUUAUUGAACAAAAAUUCUGGAACGAUUCUAUUUUAGCUGCUAGAUAUCCACCAUUUUCAAAUUCAAAAGAUAAAUUAGUUAAAUCAAGUCAAGAAUUAUAUGGUGGUAGAGUUUGGUUUGGAAGAAAAGGUAAUGUAAAUGUUGAUGGACCUUCUACUUUUUUCAGUGGAUGGACUAAUGCAUUAGGUCUAGUUAAUAUUGUAAAAGAUUUUGUUGGUGUUGCCUUGUCAUAA